AUGGACCGGAAGGGUGCGGGGACAGACGCUAGCGUAAUGUGUGCCCUUUACAACGAUGACGGUCAAAUGUCUGGUCAGAUGGUUUUGGAUACGUUUCUGAAAAAUGACUUUGAAAGAGGCAGGACAGAUGUUUUUCAUGCAACUUCCACUUUCCUUGAUAAUGUUGACACGAUAGAAAUAUGGCGAGACGACAAGGAUUCCUCGACAAACGAAUGGUUUGUAGAGGUGAUAAAGGUGGUCUGUAAGGAAUCCGACAAGGCCUUCAUCUUCCCUUGUCUACGUUGGAUAAAGGGAGACUAUCAUUAUAAAAUUCGCCAUCUUGAUACGUCCCUUCCACAAGAUGAUCCUCACAAAGAACAACGACUUGCAGAGCUUAACGACAAGAAGAAGACAUACGAGAUGGAAGUCAAGAUUCCAGGGCUUCCGAUACAGGCAAAAGAAGUGCCCGAAGAUGAGAAGUUUUCCUUUGAUUAUAAGUUCGAUAUUGUAAAACUGAGUGCAGAAAUGACAGUUAAGAGCCACAUUGUGGCGCUGACCACUGGACGAUGGGACGACCUUGAUGACCUUGAAAACAUCUAUACACUGGAAGUCUUCACAAAACCGUCGCCUCUAGCGAACAAAAGCUGGGACACUGACGAGCAUUUUGGGUUCCAAAGAAUUGGUCGGCUCAAUAACGUCCUGAUCACUCUCUGCACUGAGAUCCCGAGCAAACUUGCUGUCACCGAUGACAUGUUACAACCCUUCCUGGAGGGCGACACAGUACAAAAUGUUAAUUCACAGAAGAGGCUUUUCUACGUAGAUCUAGGCUUACAGGAAGGAGUACCGACCAAACCGGGAUUAACAAUGUGCUCACCGAUUGCCUUAUUCUACCACAACAAGAAAGAUACCCUGGUUCCCAUAGCGAUACAGCUGCAGCAGGAGCCGGCGGACGACAAUCCGGUUUUCCUACCAUCCGACCCAACUUACACGUGGCUGUUCGCGAAGAUGUGGUACAACAAUGCAGACACCUGUUACCAUCAGUCCAUCACCCAUCUAGGAUUCACGCACCUGCUGAUGGAAGGAUGUGCUCUCGUCACGCAUAGAAACCUUUCUCACUCCCAUCCCAUCUUCAAACUGUUGGCGCCUCACUUCAUCUAUCUCAUGGCAAUAAAUGGGUUCGCACUUGAAACGUUGAUCAAACCUGGAGGCUCGUUGGAUAAGUUGAUGACAGCAGGCACUGAUGGUGUACUUGAACUCAUCCGUCGAAAGCUGGCGUUGUGGCGGAUGGACGAGGACGGGACACUGCCAGUACAACUGGAGAAGAGAGGGGUACACAUUAGUCUUCCUACGGUACUGAAGGGCUACCAUUACAGGGACGACGCUCUGCUUCUAUACAAUGUCAUCAACAACUACGUCACAAAAUACGUCAGACUUUACUACGAUAGCCCGGAUACAUACGCGGGGGACCACGAGAUCCAGGCGUGGGCUCAAGAGUUAGUCAAAUCUCGGUCAGAGGGUGGAUGCGGUAUCUUGGGGGUUCCUGGUGAUGGUGUCAUUACCAAUGAGUCUGAUCUCGUUUGCAUACUGACCAGCAUCAUAUUCACGGUCAGUGUGAGCCAUGCCGCUGCCAACUUCGCCCAAUACGACGAGUACGGAUUUCCGCCCAAUUAUCCAAUGGUCCUAGAGGGUGUUCCCCCUGCUGACAAGACUGCUCUAACGGAAGCCUCCAUCCUAGACGCCCUCCCUGACAAGAGUGCUUCCUUCGAUGUGAUGGUCUUAGCCAAGGUUCUCAGUGGCAUGGGGACAAACAAGCUCGGGGACUACGAGGUCAAGUACGUGUACGAUCCAAAGGCGGAGAAGCUUGUGGACGAGUUCCGGAUGGAGAUAGAAGACCUGAGCAGGAGGGUGGAGUCGUUAGAGCAAUGUCGGACUUUCUCCUAUCCAUGGCUGAAUCCUGACAAAGUUCCAAACUCUAUCAGCAUAUGAUUAAGUGUCUCUAGUCCAUAGUGACAUUCAGAAGAGAUACAAUUAAGUACAUCAGUAAACGCUUUGUUUCAUUCACAAUGUAAUUUUAUCAAUGUCAUUUGCUAUAGUUGUAAAGUCAAUAUGUAAUGUGUAUGG